AUGGUGAAGAUCCUCGAUAGCUUUACCCAGGCUAUUCUGAAAGAGCAAGACAAGUACGAAGGCAAGUAUAUCGACGAUAACAUCGUUGCCGCAUUACCAAAGGGCGCAAGCAUAGACCUAGUCCGCACCAUAGGUGCAACGCACUGGUCCAUACUAACCAAGCUCGACACUACCAUCGACAGCAGACCACAGUCCUUCUUCUUGAAAGAGUACCGCGAUGUAAACGCGAAACACAUGGUCAAAGCCGAGUAUGAGUCAACAGCUGCCUUGUACGUCGCGGUACCGAACCACGUGCCUCGACCAUACGCAUAUGGCUGUUUCGCAUCGGACUCGCAGCGCUUCUUCUAUCUUCAGUCUUUCUGCGAUAUGGAAGAUGCGCCUGUGUAUGCGGAGAAGGUCUUGACCGCAUCUAUCCAGCCAUUUGUCGAGGAGUUUAUCGGCGUACUGGCUGAAGUGCAUAGUAAUGGAUCGCCAACAGGGAAGUUCGGGUUUCAUAUCGACACCUUCCAGGGAAACGUCGUUAAUCACAACCGAUGGUGCGAUACUUGGGAAGAGUACUUCAGCCGCAACUUACACUAUCUCAUAAAACUGGAGCGUUCCAUCCAUGGUGAAGAUCCGGAAAUGGAUGCUCUAUCCGCGGAGAUCAUGACAAAGGUAGUUCCUCGGCUCCUUCGUCCGAUGGAAAGUGGUGGUAACAAGAUCAAACCUGUACUGUUACACGGCGACAUGUGGCAUGGUAAUGUCAGCGUCGACAAGAAGACGGGAAACGCGUAUCUUGAGAUCGUUUCUGCAUCGGAGCCGCAGGAGGACUACGACGACAGGAACGAACUCUACGCGGUGUGA